AUGGAACCAAACUAACAUUAUUAGUGUCUGUAUAAAUAAAUCUGCAACUCCAGUCUAAAAACCCAAAAGGGAAUUGAAUCCUUCAGAGUUCAGAUUUCACAUCACAACACGCUAUGAGCUGGUGGUGGGCUGGAGCAAUCGGCGCUGCCAAGAAGAAAUUCGAGGAAGACGAGCCGCCGCGAACCUUCCAGAGCGUGGGACUCGUGAUUGGCGUCACCGGUAUCGUCGGCAACAGCCUCGCCGAGAUCCUCCCCCUCGCUGAUACCCCCGGCGGCCCAUGGAAAGUCUACGGCGUGGCCCGCCGCCCCCGCCCGCCGUGGAACGCCGACCACCCAGUCGAGUAUAUCCAGUGCGACGUCUCCGAUCCCGCCGACGCCGAUGCCAAGCUCGCCGCUCUCUCCGACGUCACCCACGUCUUCUUCGUGUCGUGGACCAACCGCCCCACCGAGUCCGAGAAUUCCGAGGUUAACGGCGCAAUGUUGAGAAACGUGCUGCGAGCCGUUAUCCCGAACGCCCCCAAUCUCCGCCACGUGUCCCUCCAGACCGGCACCAAGCACUACCUCGGACCCUUCGAACUCAUCGGCAAGAUCGAAUCGCACGAGCCACCUUUCACGGAGGAUCUGCCGCGUUUGGACGCGCCCAAUUUCUAUUACACCCAAGAAGACAUCCUCUUUGACGAAGUCAGUAAGAAGGAGGGUUUAACUUGGUCUGUUCACAGACCCCAAACAAUCUUCGGUUUUUCUCCCUAUAGUUUGAUGAACGUGGUAGGGACUCUCUGUGUUUACGCCGCGAUUUGCAAGCACGAGGGGGUUCCGUUGAGAUUCCCCGGCACGAGGAGCGCGUGGGAGGGUUACUCUUGUUGCUCCGACGCGGAUUUGAUUGCGGAGCAGCACAUUUGGGCCGCGGUGGACCCCUACGCGCGCAACGAGGCGUUUAACUGCUCCAACGGGGAUGUGUUCAGGUGGAAGCAUCUUUGGAAGGUGUUGGCGGAACAGUUUGGGAUCGAGGAGUAUGGCUUUGUGGAGGAAGGUUCCCGUUUGAGGUUGUCGGAGCUUAUGAAGGAUAAGGGUCCUGUUUGGGAUGAGAUUGUGAGUGAGAAUCAGCUUCUGCCUACUAACCUUGAUGAGGUUGGUCUUUGGUGGUUUGUGGAUGUUAUUUUCUCUGUGGAGGGCAUGGGCUUAUUGGAUAGCAUGAACAAGGCUAAGGAACAUGGCUUUUUGGGAUUCAGGAAUUCCAAGAAUUCGUUUGUGAGUUGGAUAGACAAGACCAAGGCUUAUAAAAUUGUGCCGUGAAUUGAGAUUUAUUCUCUUUCUGCUUCUUGUUCAUUUGUCCCGUGGAUCUGUUGUACUUUCAUUUUUUUUUCUCUGUAAUUUAUAUGGAAUGAAUAAAACCUGGGUUAUUGUUUGUGUUUUGUAAUAAUUUGUGUUUGAAAAGGAAUUUGUAUCCAGUGUUAUAGUACCUACUCAAUGAGGGAAAGCAAAGCGGUGACGUGCUUCAUGGUUCUUUCAUUUAUGCUCAGAUUAUAAAAGGAAUUGCAAUUGUUUUUCAUGA